CAUGAACCCAAAUACUUAGUCCAUUUUGCAUUGCUUUCUUGAGCAUGUGAGCGUGGAGCUGGAUAAGAAGUGGAAUAGCUGGAACUCAAAUUAGUGGUCUGAUAAGGGAUGCCUGUGUCGCAGACUGCGGCUUCACAUGCUGUGCCACAACAGGAUGUAUUUCUUAAUGAUCUUUCCAAAGAACCUCUUUCUCAACUCUAUUUCUGUUUUAGACAGGAUUGCAAUUGUGGCAGUUACUCAUUAACUGGGCAGGGUGUGAUUCUGAGAAGAGGAACUGAAAGUCUUCAAGUCUCUGUCUCUGUGAAUUAGGUCUUUAGACAACGAGUCCCACCUCUCUUAGCAGCUGGUUUUGAAGAGGUUUUCAAGGCUACUUGUAAAAACAAAACAAAACAAAAAACAAAACUUACCAAGAUAUAGAUUAGCAGGAUUUCUAACUUCUUGCUGGACUGAAAUUGCUCGUUGUAUUGUUGAACUCACUCAACAGCAAGCAUCUAAAGAUGAAGACCCCCAAGACAUUUGAGGAGCAAACGGAAAUCAUCGUGAAUGGUCUUCUCAUGGACAUGUUGGACUCCAACUCGCAGGUUGCUAACCGAGUCCUCACUGCUGGCGAAGAACCGGAUGCAGGAGACACUGACUCUUUCGACGUGGCCAUCAUUGUUGGUCGCCUGCGGAUGUUGGGGGACCAGUUCAAUGGAGAGCUGGAGGCCUCUGCCAGGAAUCUCAUUGAAGACACCAUUCGGGGGCAGGCAGGAGCUGUACUUCAGGGUGUGGUACAAUCUCUGAGCCAGACCUGGUGUGCUCAGGAUUCCAACUUAGCAUAUGAAAAAGCCUUCCUGGCAGUGUCAGUCAAACUGGUGGAGUGUGUGAUCCGCUUGGCUCCUGGAAUGGUGCAACAGAUGCGCGAUGCCAUGACGGGUAUGAUCAACGGGAGCAGAAACAUCCGGGAGUUUAUUCAGGGUCAGGGAGGUUGGGAAAACCUGGAGAGCUGAAGAGCUGGAGCUCUCUCCGACACUGAACAACACUGCCUUUUUGAUCAGGUGUUUGAUUUUUGUCAAUGAAAAUGAAUACACAGAAAACUAAAUAAGA